AUGGAUGUCCCGGCGGAUCCUGAACUUUAUGUCCCGAAAGGAUUUGUCGUAAAACGAUAUUUUACUGGUCUGCAAAAAUCACGAUAUUUACAAUAUACACCAGAAGGCAAUAUACUUGUUAGUGAAUCAGAUAUGACUCGAAUAUCUUGUUUAUUGGAUACUGAUAACGAUGGUUAUCUGGGUCAACGCAUUACUAUUGCUAAUGAAAAUAACGGGCUCACGUAUCCAUUUGGUAUAGCAUUCGUAAACGGAUAUUUAUAUUCAGGAAAUCUGUAUAAUAUAAGGCGUUACAAUUGGACAGGUUGCUCUCAGCAAUUAUCAGACGUAGGUGAAAUAAUCAUGAAUUAUACUGGAGUUCGUCACAUAACCCGAACAAUUGUGAUACCACCGGUAGAAGAUCGCAUGUAUGUUAGUAUUGGUUCAGCUUCAAAUGUCGAUAUUGAACUGAUACCAUUGGCAUCUAUUCAAGUUACUGAUCUCGAUGGAGGCAAUCAAACAACAUUUGCAUCUGGCCCAAGAAAUGCUGUUGGUCUUGCAUUACAUCCAAUAACACAUGAUUUAUAUACUUCAUGUCAGGAACGUGAUGAAAUUGGUGAUGAACUUGUACCAGACUAUUUUACACGUGUACAAGAAGAAGAUUUUUUUGAUUGGCCGUACGCUUAUUUAAGUCCAGAUUUCAUUGAUCCAAGGCAUAAGUUCUACAAUGGUUCAAGUGUAAGACCCGAUCUUGCUGCUCUUACACGUACACCGGAUGUUCUUAUUAAAGCACAUUCAAGUGCACUCGGUGUAGCUUUCUAUACAGGCCAACAAUUUCCUGAACGAUAUCGCAAUGGUGCAUUCGUGGCAUUACGUGUUUCAGACAGUAGAGAAGAACCGACUGGUUCUAAAAUUAUUUUUAUACCCUUUCAUAAUUCAACUCAUAGACCAUUAGGUUAUUAUGAAGAUUUCGUUCGUGGUUUCUUAUAUAAUCGAACUCGUGUAUUUGGUUGGCCUGUUGGUUUACUUGUACUGAAAGAUGGUAGUCUAAUAUUUACAGACAAUGCUAAUAGCGAAACCUAUCAAGUUCAAUGUGUCGGAGAGAAAAAUUCUGCUUUUUAUUUGAUUCCAAAUAUUUAUUCGAUAAUAGUUAGCUGCAUCUUUCUUAUAACUUUAUUUUUCUCUAUGUAA